CGAGAGGUGGGGGAGGGUACACGCGCGUUGCUAGGGGUGCCGGAGGAGCACCCAGAAAGUUGCAGAAGAGGGGCAGGGAGAAGGGGGCUGACCAGGCGCUCGGGGGAGCGGCUGCCGGCGCCGCGCUGACAGCCCGGGGGGCAGCUACUCACACGGAAGCGGCCGUUACGCCCACCCGCCGCCAACGUCUGGUAGAGGCGGGGGGAGAGAGGAAAGGGAUAAACUUUGAACUUAGCUGGGGGGUGGGUGGGGAGCUGCAUGGAUGCCGCUUUCCCUCAGGGCUUGCUCGCAGCCCCCCGCACGCUGUAGGGCGGCCGCUGACAGAGGAACCGCCGCGCCGCUUCCUGCGCCGCCGGCCAUGGUGCGUGUGGGGCGCGGGGCUCAGCCCGGCCCCUGAGAGCGGCGCCUCGCCCCCGCCCUCCGGGCUGCUGCCGCCGUCCUCCCUGCGCCUCCACCUGCCUCUCUGCUUCGCCGCUGCCGACCUGAGCCGUUGGGCAUCGGCUUCUCUUCGCGCUGCAGCCUGCCCGACAUGGAGCCGUCCGCGGGAAGCCUCCGGGAGUGAGUCCCGCUUUCCGACCCACCUGCUGGCCGCCCCCUCGGCGCCCGCGCUUGCUCCGAUGGAGCCGGACGAGACGCCGCUUGCCGCCCCGAAGACCAUGGUGCUUAUGCUGAGGAAAGUUCGCAAGAGGCGGGAGAUGCUGCUGCAGCAGCUGGGCUUCAUCUGCGCCAUCCUCUUCUUCGCCUGGUGCAUGUCCAGCCUGCUCUCCAGACUGGGCCAAGAAUCAACUGUUGCUGACAGACGUGUUAUGUCAGAAAUAUGGAGGAAUAGAAAGUUGAUGGAAUCAUCUAAUUGGACAUCUGAACUUAACUGUACAGAGCCAGCCAUUAAUGAAUUUCCUAAAGAUUUCUUUACAAAUGAAGAACGACAGCGGGGAGGAGUUCUGCUUCAUAUAAUUGGUGCUCUUUAUAUGUUCUAUGCUUUGGCUAUAGUAUGUGAUGACUUCUUUGUUCCAUCCUUAGAGAAAAUUUGUGAGAAACUACAUUUGAGUGAGGAUGUUGCCGGAGCCACAUUCAUGGCAGCAGGGAGCUCCACCCCAGAGCUGUUUGCAUCUGUUAUAGGUGUAUUUAUCACUCACGGAGAUGUAGGAGUAGGGACCAUUGUCGGUUCAGCAGUUUUCAACAUCCUUUGCAUUGUUGGUGUCUGUGGAUUGUUUGCAGGACAGGUGGUUCGUCUCACCAAAUGGGCUGUGUUCCGUGACUCUGUGUACUAUACGAUAUCUGUGAUCGUACUUAUUAUUUUCAUUUAUGAUGAGAAAAUAGUAUGGUGGGAAAGCCUUAUACUCAUCAUUAUGUACUCAUUCUACAUACUUAUAAUGAAGUACAAUACGAAGAUGCAAAAUUUCUUCACCCUUAAAAGCAAGAAUGUUGGAAAUGGUGACACAGUCAGCAAUGAGCUGGAAGAUGUGAAGGGGAUGCAGCAGUAUGGCCAAAACAGUGUUGUGAUGGUGGAUGAGAUCAUCUGCUCGAGUCCCCCAAAGUACGGGUUCCCUGAAGCUGGAUUACGGUUGAUGAUUACAAGUAGAUUUGGCCCACGAACCAGACUGCGGAUGGCAAGCCGAAUAAUCAUUAAUGAGCGUCAACGGUUAAUCCGGACUGCCAAUGGCUCAAGCAAACCACUUCAGAAUGGGAGACAGCAGAAUAUUGAAAAUGGGAACAUCCCUGUGGUGAACCAAGAGGAGGAAUAUGAACACAACAAUCUAUCUCCCUUUUCAGUGCCAGAUGGAAAAAUGAACAAAAUUAAAUGGAUUUUGACAUGGCCAUUGAUAUUCAUGCUCUUUUGCACCAUUCCAAACUGCAGCAAACCACGCUGGGAGAGGUGCUUUAUGCUGACAUUUAUCUUAUCCACUCUCUGGAUUGCCUUGUUCUCCUACUUCAUGGUGUGGAUGGUGACUGUGAUUGGAUACACCCUUGGGAUACCAGACGUGAUCAUGGGCAUUACUUUCCUCGCUGCAGGAACGAGCGUCCCAGACUGCAUGGCCAGCCUGAUAGUAGCAAGACAAGGCCUUGGUGACAUGGCAGUAUCCAACACAAUAGGGAGCAAUGUCUUUGACAUUCUGGUGGGCCUUGGCGUUCCAUGGGGUUUGCAGACCAUAGCGCUUUUUUGGGGAUCGACCGUUAAGAUUAACAGCAAAGGAUUGGUCUACUCAGUUGCACUUUUACUAGGAUCAGUGGCGCUUACGGUGCUUGGAAUCCAUGUAAAUAAGUGGAAACUUGACAGGAAAUUAGGCAUCUACGUGUUGUUUCUUUAUGCUAUUUUCCUGUGCUUCUCUAUAUUGAUAGAGUUUAAUGUCUUCACCUUUGUCAACCUCCCUAUGUGCCAAGACGAAUACAGCAAGAAGACAGACAGAUACCUCUGAUGACAUCUGCUGUAAAUGACAGGAGGCAUUUCACCUUUCUACCUACUUUCCAUCAGUAAUUUGAGUGUCAUUCCUGCUUCGUCAGCUAACAAGCACUUUUACCUGUGUGGAAGGAAAGCGUACCUUUCUUUUAACAUGCUAGCUCGAGGCAACCAAAGCAUUUUCCUCCUCUUUGGAUAGUGCUGCUCAGUCAUAAAGCUGUGUGGAUUUUAUGCAGAACUCUAAAACAACCCGUUUCUGGGACAUUCUGUUGUGGUUUUGAUUCUCCUUUUGCAGACAAUCAGCCACCACCACCAUGGUUAGCAAAAGGAUGGGAAAAAAAUCUUUAUAGUUCUUUGGAUUUUGGCAUUUAUUUUCCAUGGAAGAGGCAAGUUCAGAAUUUUUCUUGGCUCAGUCAAACUGUCUCAGCUACAGGACCAGAAAGUCCAAGGCACAUAUCACGGCAUGCACUGUUGAGGACAUCAUUUCACCCUUCAAGUGCUCUGCUUAUAGAGGAACUGCACUGACAGCUUUUGAUGGCAGUGUUGAAUAUUUAGCACUCUUUCCAACGAGCAUGAACAAUGUGGCAGAGAAAAAAGAGGAAAUGGUUCUACGUUGUAUCACUUGUGAUGAUGCACAAUAGAAGUCAGAGGAUCUGCAUGCCAGAGAAGAGAAUUACAUGCAGAAAUUCAUACUUGAAAAAAUAUGUUUUACCACUCGUGAGGAAUGCUGUAUACAUAAAUAUAAACUAACAUUUGUGGAGUAUUACACCACAAGAAAAACUUUGCAUUGGCCCUUGUAAGCCCAUUGUGUAGAUUUAGAAGAAAUUAAACAAAUAAAAUACAA